UUUGUUUGGUUGCUGUGAGAAGUGAGAUCUUAGAAACAUAGUAAAUUGCAUGAGCUGUCGAGUUGAACUUUUAAAGCGCCGUUCUUUCAGCUGCUACACAUUAAUAACUGAGGAGUUGAAAGUUGUUCAAGUAGGCUUUUUGCUUCCUUUUCAAGGUUGAAUCCCUAACAACUAAGAGUUCUCUGAGGGUCGAUAUUUCAGGCUUUCAAUCAGCAGCUACACUUCAAUAACCGAGGAUCGUUCUUUUAGGCUUUCAAUCAGUAACUACACUUCAAUAAUCGAGGAUGAUGAUAGUAGACGAUCAAAAUACUCAAAAGGAAGCAGACAUUCCAGGUGGAAAUGAAAAAAAAAAUGAUGAUUUGGUAAUUGAAAUUAGAAAAAUGGUCGAGAGGCCGGAGAUUGAACCAUCAAAACAAUGCCGUAUCUACAAGGUCCCGAACCCGCUCCGAAAAUGGAAUGAAGAAGCCUACACUCCUCAGGUAGUUUCAAUUGGCCCUUUUCACCACAAAAACGAAAGAUUGAAAGCCAUGGAAGAGCAUAAAGAGAGAUACUUCAGGAGUUUUUUGCAACGGAGUAAGAAAAACUUGGAGGAUUUAGUAGGCGUAAUAAGGGACAUGGAAGAAAGCAUUCGCGGGUGCUAUGAAGAAACUAUUGUCCUUAACAGUGAUAGGUUUGUGAAAAUGAUAUUGCUGGAUGCCAUCUUCAUUCUUGAGCUUUUCAUCAGAGAGACUUCAAGAAGUCAGAUAAGUGAUGAUCCUAAUGUUGUGGAUCCAAGGUCUACUGCUGUGAGGGUUGACUUGCUAUUAAUUGAAAAUCAGCUUCCAUUUUUUGUUAUUGAGAAAUUACACGACCUUGCAAUUCCAUCUCCCUCCGAUUACGGUGGUUUUCGUAAGCUUUCUUUUGACUAUUUUGAGUACCUCCCAAUGCCGUUCAUACAGGCCACUCCCAGUGUGAAAAUAGAACACUUCACUGAUCUUAUUAGAACCUUCCUGCUACCUCCACUCGAGAAGCUACCAGAAAGAAACGAGAGAGCGCUUACACAUUUGUACUCUGCAACAAAGCUCCAUGAGGCAGGAGUAAAGUUCGAGGCUGUUAAAAGUAAAUGCUAUUUGGACAUAAAAUUUGAAAAAGGAGUGUUGAAAAUCCCAAGCUUUGAUAUAGAGACCAAGACGGAAGUUAUUGCUCGAAACAUUAUGGCAUUAGAGCAAACUCGCUAUAUAGAAAAUGCAUACUAUACAGAUUACUUUAUCUUGUUGGAUUUUCUCAUCAAUACUACAAAAGAUGUGGAUUUGCUUUGUGAUGAAAAAAUCUUGAAAAAUAUUCUAGGUGACAACGAUGGAGUAAAAUCUAUGAUUAACAAUCUUAACAAAAGUGUCAUAGCGGAUUGCGUGAGAGAUGAUUACUUUCGUCUCUGUAAAGAGUUGAAUGGUUAUUAUGAGAAUCCUUGGCACAAAAGGAAGGCAAUAUUAAAAAGUGAUUAUUUUAACACUCCUUGGAAAACCGCUUCAACAGUGGCUGCUAUUAUUCUUCUGGUGCUCACUUUUAUACAAACAAUAUUUUCCAUCAACCCAGGGAUAAAAGCUAAAUAGUUUGGAUGGGUGUUCCCUGUUCGAUGGAAUUGAUCUUGCCUGUGUAAAAUACACAAAUUAUGUAUUUCUUUCUUUGUUAUUAUUAUUGUUAAUGUAAUUGGUCUUGCCUAUGUAAAAUACAUAGAUUGUUGUGUUUCAGCAUCCUUGUAGACUACUAGUUUUGUAUCUCCAC